AUGGCAUCAUCAUCAUCAUUCACGCCAGAAUUACUUCGACUCUCAUCAACACCACUUUCACCAUUAGAAUAUUUUACCGAUUCAUCAAAUACGAUCAAUAUCAAAUCGGAUGUUGUUUUAAUUGUUGGUGAAAAAAAAUUUUAUUGUCAUCGUUUAUUAUUAACAUUAGUUUCACCUGUAUUUGUACGUAUGUUUGACGGUCCAUUUAAAGAACAUAACGAACCAGAGAUAGUUCUUGAAGGAAAAUCAAGUGAAAGUAUACUUGAAUUAUUAAAAUAUAUUUAUCCACAAUUUAAUGGCCAGAUUACAAAUAAUAAUAUUGAAGAUUUUCUUCAAUUAGCUGAUGAAUAUAUGAUUGAACAUCUUAAACAACCAUGUAAAAAUUUUUUACUUCAACAACUUGAAUUAUUCAAAUUUGUUGUAUUACCAACACAUAAGAAACUUGAACAAUCAUGCACUAAGUCAAAAAGUUUUCAUGCAAGUGAUUCAGCAUUGAAUUCACCACGACAUAAUGAAGAUAAUUUGUCAGGACAAGGAAAUUCAAGUCGUCCUACUUCAUCACAUCGAUCAAUUACAAGUCCUCGAAAUCCUACUACAAAACCCAGUUCAUCGCAUCUUAAAUCAGGCGAUAAAACAGGAUCAUCAUCAAAUAAUCCGUCUCAUUAUGUACUUCUUCUUGAUAAAACUCAAAUGCCUACUUUCUAUGAUGGACAUAAUACACAAGUUCCAUUUAGUAAUAGCGAACUUGAAACUUGGCUUCGUCGUUUACGUAUUCUUUAUCAAAUUGAUAAAGGUCGCAAUUAUGGUGAAGUUAUUGAUUAUAUUUUAAGUAUUCUUCAAUUUAUACCUGCUACUCUACUUUUAUCUCAUUCACAUAUUGCAAUGGAUACUUAUACAACAGAUGAAAUUAUGUUAAACGACUUAGCUCGUGCACGAAUGUUUGCUCUUGAAGAAUGGAUUUCUGAUGGUGAUCCACAUCGUUCAGUAAGCUUAACAGAAUCCUAUCGAACAAUGUCUCCUAAUGCCUUGAUUAUUGCUCAACAAGCAAUAGCUACUGUAACAGACGUAAUUAAUAAUGAAGAACAUUCUUUUCAACCAACUAUAAUUACAAUGUCCGAUAAUGAAGAGGAAGUUCCAACGAAUUUUUUAAAUAAUACUGACUAA